AAGAUGGGUAGACUUCAACGUCCAGUAUUCACACAUCUUAAAAGUGGCAAGGUUUGAGAGACGCUGCUUCCAACUAACUGUCUAUGGAAAUUCUCAACCAUCCAGGUCCUGGUUAUCCCGAAGACCUCGCAAUAUUUUUCUAGACGCCAACGAGUCUGGUUGCCUCGGCAGUUGCAAAUUAUCCUGCCCAGGGAGCUUCCGCCUGUUUCGGGGAAGCGACGCCACCGAAGAACGGAUGAGCGAUCCGGGGUCUGCAAAAUGGCAGAAAGACCAAUGUGGGAGCAAAUUGGAACAAGCUUUGUACAACUGUAUUAUCAACAGUUUGAUACCAGUAGGGAACAAUUAGGUGCCCUUUAUACAGAUGCUUCCUGUUUGUCUUGGGAAGGUCAGCAGUUCCAAGGAAAAGCUUCAAUUAUGGAAAAACUGAUGACGCUUCCUUUCCAAAAAAUUCAACAUAAUAUAACAUCCCAGGAUCAUCAGCCAGCUCCUGAUAAUUGUAUCCUUAGUAUGGUUGUUGGUCAAUUGAAGGUGGACAAUGAUCCAGUAAUGGGAUUCCAUCAGAUGUUUGUUCUCAAAAACAUGAAUGACAAAUGGGUUUGUUGUAAUGACAUAUUUAGGUUGGCUCUUUAUAAUUUUGCCUGAAAUUUCUGCUCUUGGUUUACACUUACAAAUAUCAUAUAAAGGUUGGUUUUAAAUGUGUUUGAGUUAUUUUCUUUCUGUAACUGCAAUUGAAAAGCAUUUAUCUCCUGUUAAUUGAAAUAUUUAAAAUAGUUGCAAUAUUAGACAUCCUUUGAUGUAAAACAUUUAAUACUUCAUAAGAAAAUAGUUUGUCCUUUUUAACUAUAUGAAGCUUGUGGAGAUACACAGUGUAUAUUUCCUAUACAAACAACAGUUUGGCAAUAAAAUAAUUUGUAUGCAGUUUUAGUGAACCAAAAAGAAUUGUUAUGUCUGUAUACCUUUUUUUCUCAUGAUUCAAAUUUAAUUACAUUUUCAUAUUAUUUCUUAAUAAUGUGAUGUUUAUUCAGAAAACUAAUCACCAUUUGUUGCAAAUGUUCUUUAGCCAUGUACAAACAUAUGUUAAUUCAUGUAAGGGUGUCAAUGAUGCAACAGGGCAAACUACUGAAAACUGAAGCUGAUUAAACUGAUGUUAUAAAUCACCAUAUGAAAAAGAAAUAUGAUCAAUUGGUCUGCCUUCUAUAUUACAAGAUUCAAUUCAAGUGCCAACAUGAAAACUUCCCAUCCACAAUAUUAAUCUAGUUUAAACAAGAUAGGGUCAUGUAGUUAGUUUUUCAAAAUGGUAACAAAGAAGUGGUAUAACUUCUGCUACUUCCAUCCUCUUUCAGCCUGUAUCUUUGUAAUACCUUGUGUUUGAACAAAAAUCCCUUCAAUAUAUAGCAUGUAACAAACAAAAACCCCAUAAAUUUAUACCAUUCUGUUUUCAUCUUAUUAAAAAAAUGUUGAAUGCAGUUUCUAAAGUAAGAUGCCUUUUUUAGGAAAUAAAAUAGAUCAUAAAAAUAUAAACAUGCAGUUUUCAAUUUGUAGUGAUUCUGUUGCAUAAUGUACCUUGUUUUCUUAGCAGUGAGUAGUUUCUUACUCAGAUUUAGUUUCCUUUGAAGGGAGAUUGCUGAAGACGAACUGGAAUUUUGUACUAUUUAGAUUUAUUAAAAGAGGUUCAGUGUUUACCACCUAAAUAUUACAACUGAGCUCCAAUCCAUGUCUGUGAAAUUGGAUUUAAAAGGAACCACUUAGCAUCCCAAAAUGCUUUCAGAGGUUAAAACACAGCCUUCUGCUUCAUUGCAAUCUAUAACUCAGACAUUGAUUAUUUUCCCUUUGCUUGGAAAAAGGGGAAAGGUGAGUUUUUAAAUAUUAUUUAUAAGGACUGUUGACUUGAAGGCAUCAAAAUAAAUAUUUUUUCUUCAUUUACCAUGAAAUGUUUUUUUUUUUUUUUUAAAUGAUGUGAAUCCUGUUGUUAGGCCACUUAUUUCAUGAUUUCAAGGAAAAAUACACUUUCGAAGAAAAAGAUAUGUAAUUUUCCUUGAUUUCUAUUAUAUUAUCAGGCAAUGAGGUAGGGCAAUUCCAAAAUUAUUCUGCAAGAUGAAAACUUGAGAGCUUUUGAUAGUAUUGGAUGGAAGGAUAAAUGCCAUACUUGAGGGAAACGUACAUCUAAUAAGUAUAGGGACAUACAUAAAAUGCUUCAUGGGUUGAGAAUAGAGCACUGUUAAUUUCAGUAGAUGUUUCUCUUGCCCCUUAGAUAUAUGCUGGUCAGCCCCACAUUUAGCAUAUGAAUGUAUUUAUA